AUGGAGGAUGACCGCUGGAUGAUGGAGGAUGACCGCUGGAUGAUGGAGGAUGACCGCUGGAUGAUGGAGGAUGACCGCUGGAUGAUGGAGGAUGACCGCUGGAUGAUGGAGGACGGGCCACCGUCAGACGGGCUACCACCGUCAGGACCCGGGCCACCGUCAGGACCUGGGCCACCGUCAGACCUGGGCGUCAGGACCCGGGCCACCGUCAGGACCCGGGCCACCGUCAGGACCCGGGCCACCGUCAGGACCCGGGCCACCGUCAGGACCCGGGCCACCGUCAGGACCCGGGCCACCGUCAGCCGGGCCACCGUCAGGACCGGGCCACCGUCAGGACCCGGGCCACCGUGGGCCACCGUCAGGACCCGGGCCACCGUCAGGACCCGAGCCACCGUCAGGACCCGGGCCACCGUCAGGACCCGGGCCACCGUCAGGACCCGGCCACCGUCAGGACCGGGCACUGUCAGGACCCGGCCACCGUCAGGACCCGGGCCACCGUCAGGACCGGCCACCGUCAGGACCCGGGCCACCGUCAGGACCCGGGCCACCGUCAGGACCCGGGCCACCGUCAGGACCGGGCCAGUCAGGACCCGGGCCACCGUCAGGACCCGGGCCACCGUGGGACCCGGGCCACCGUCAGGACCUGGGCCACCGUCAGGACCCGGGCCACCGUCAGGACCCGGCCACCGUCAGGACCCGGGCCACCGUCAGGACCCGGGCCGUAGCCGGAUCAGGACCCGGGCCACCGUCAGACCCGGGCCACCGUCAGGACCCGGGCCCGUCAGACCCGGGUGGUGGGGUGGGCAGACCCGCCACCGUCAGACCCGCCACGAGGGGGGUGGGGCCACGUCAGGACCGGCUUCAGACCCGGGCCACGUGGGACCGGGCCAGUCAGGACCGGCCACGUCGGACCCGGGCAGUCAGACCCGACUCAGGCCGGGCCAGGUAGGACCCGGGCCACGUCGGACCCGGCACCGUCAGGACCCGGCCACCGUCAGACCCGGGCCACCGUCAGGAAGGAAUAGUUUGACCAAGGGUAAUGUCUCCUGUGUUUUCCAGGUGCUAGGCGGCCAUCUUGAACUUAGAUAUGUAAACAGCAGCCAUCUUGAACUCAAUAUAUGUAAACAGCAGCCAUCUUGA